AUGCAUCUUCCCGUUUCAUUAACUACAUUGGCUUUGUCUGUUGUCUUAGUUCAAAAAGCAUUAGCUGUACUUCCUCACGCUGAAGGUAAAACUGCAAAAGGAUUUCAUGUUCAACAAGACACUCUCGUCAGUUCAAGAAUAUUAGAUACAGUGGAUGAGACUAAUAAAGUUGCAGGAAGUGUACCAUCACCAUUUCAAAAUCUUCCUACUCCAAGUGAAACCCCAAUUCCAAUUGAAAUUCCCCAAGAAACUCCAAAAGUUAAACUUGUAAAAGAAGAGGUUCCUGAGAAAUGUAAACAUGCCAAACAUGUCAUAAGGAGUCCAAAUGAUAUUCAGAAUAUUGCUGAUUGUCGUGUUCUCGCAGGAGACUUGGAAGUUCAUGAAUAUAAACAUCCUUUACUUACAUUUGGAAAUAUUGAAACUGUCACUGGUAAUAUCAUCAUUAGAAAGUCUCCAGAAUUAGUUAGAAUUGAAGCUCCAAGUCUUACUACAGUUGAAAAAAGUUUUGUAUUAAGAGAAUUAACUUCACUUUCAUUAGUUUCUUUCCCAUCCUUAUUAUCAGUUAGAGCUCUUGAUUGGCGAGUGCUACCAAUUUUGAGUAAUGUUCAUUUUAGUAAUGAAAUUAAGAAUAUUGAAAGUAUAACUGUUUCUGAUACUUCAUUAACUGGAUUUUCAGGUUUUAUGGCUGAUAGAUUGGAAACUUUAGAUAUAAAUAAUAAUAGAUUUCUUGAUAUUAUUAAUUCAAAUGUUGAAACAAUUGAAGGUUUAUUACAUAUAGCUGCCAAUGCAGCUGAUGUUGCGGUUAGUUUACCCAAAUUAAAAUCUACCAAUAAUAUGAGUAUUCAUGAUGUAUUUCAAAUUGAUUUAAAUUCAUUAGAAUCAGUUAAUAAUUCAGUUAGUAUGAUUAAUAAUCAUUUUUCUAAUUUGAAAUUACCAAAAUUAAAAGCAAUUGGUGGUAGUUUAAGUUUAUCUAAGAAUGAUAAAUUAAAUCAUGUUGAAUUUCCAACUUUGAAUGAAGUUGGUGGAGGUUUAAUAAUUGUUAAUAAUUCAAAUAUUGAUAAGAUUAAUUUUUUCCCAAAAUUAAAUGUUAUUGGAGGAGCAUUAGAAUUAGUUGGUCCUAUUAAAGAUACUAGUCUUAAACAAUUAAAGUUGGUUAAAGGUAGUGCCUUGGUUCAAUCAUUUUCAACUUCAUUUGAUUGUAGUAAAUGGUCAAAAGGUGAUGUAAGUAAUGUCAUUAGAGGUGGAAAGAUUGAAUGUAUAAAUGCUCAUAAUGAAAAGAUUAUUUCUAAUACCCCUACAGAUAUUGAUUCAAAACAAGGAGGUCCUAGUGUUAAUGGUGGUAAUCGAAAUAAUAAUAAUGGUAAUAAUAAUAAUAGUCAUUAUAUUGAUGCAAAUGGUAUUCAAAAAUAUGGAAAUCAACGUGGUGGACCACAAACUCCAUUUACUCAAUAUAAAUCUUCAGCAUCGACUGUUUCAGUUAGUAAAUUCUUGAUUUUUGGUUUUACAAUUCUUAGUCUCUUAUAUUAGAAGAGGAAAGGAUAUUAUAUAUAUUUUAGUUACUU